AUGGAGAAAUCAGGCUCAUCUACCAUCUCUGAGCAGCAGCUGCAGAGGCAGGAGGGUCUGAGCAGCACCAAAGCAGACUUGGCUGAACAAAGUCUCAUUUCAUCGGAGAAAUGGCUUCACCUGUAUGGGCUUAAGAGUAAAAAAUUGACCUUGAAACAGAUUUUGUCACACAUUGGAUUCCCACAUUGUGAAGAUUAUGUGACUUCUCUGGGGAGACUUGUGGCUUCUCGGUAUGCCAAUGGCCUGUUUCCGCAGUUCUACAGAGCAGAAGAUGGCAGAGUGUACAAUCUGACAGCUAAGUCAGAACUGAUCUAUCAGUUUGUGGAAUAUUUAACACGAGCUGUGGAAAGCUACAAGCAGCGGAUGGACUGGCUCACCAGCAGAAGCCGGCAGAUUUUUGGUGUCAUCUUGGAACAGUGCAUCACCGUAGUGUUGGAUUUUGGUGGCAUUCUGGAGGGGGAGCUUGAUCUGUGCCGAGAUGCUUUAAUAAUGAUCCUCCAGGAGCAGGUGGCUCACAUAACCAAGUUCAAUAUCAUAUGGGUGUCUCAGGAGCCUGUGAAAUGGCAGGAAAAUGCUACUCCUGUGACAGAACAAUCCAUAGCCUCUGCCAUCAGCUGGGUUGAGAAACUGACUGCUAAGCUGACUUUGAGUGAGGUUAGCCGCCUGGACGCUCUGCUGGAAGCUGGGAAGGACAAAACUAUUGAAUCCAUUUACUACUUUGUGGUGGGGGACGUUCCUGAGGAAUCCAAGGAGCUUCUCCUCCAGGGGACUUUGGAGAUCCCAUAUCCAGUCUACACAGUGUCCUUCAAUGCCAGAGGAGAAGGCACUAUAGCUUUCCUAAAGGAGCUGAGUGCCAAGACCCACAGCAGGUUCCAUGCAUUCGCCGAAAGAACAGAGGGUGUGUUAUUUCCUGCAUUCCCCACAAAAGAUGGUGACGGUGUGACGACUUGGAAUUCAAGGAAACUGAAAGGAAAACUCCCUCCAGGAGCCGGCGUCAGAGAGGACGUGUUUCUCAUCUGGAGGGAGCUGAAGGAAGCCUGCAGCACCCUGGCCCAGAUCCAGAGGCUGGUGGCCGAGACACCCGAAUCCAACAUGGCCACAGUAGACUGCGAGUCAGGAGCAACCCCUGUCAAGAUCACAUCAAAUCCAGAAGACACCUGGGACUCUAAGAAGUGGCUGCAGAAAUAUGGCUUAAAGGCCCAGAAGCUGUCAUUUUAUGAUGUCCUUGCAGACUGCUCCUUCCGCCACGCCGAUGGAGUUGUUGAUAUAAAAGCCAAACCAGAAAAUGAGUCCAUGCAGACCAGUGCGGAGACCAACAAGAAGACAGUCCAUGCCAAAUAUUGCAGCAAAUUUGUCCAUGCUCUCUGGAAGGAUGGGAGCUUGGUCCACGUCAACAUCACCAAGGAGAAGUGCAAGUGGUACAGUGAGAGAAUUCAUGCAGUCCUGGCCCAGAUCCAAAGGAGGAUUAAAUGGCUACAGAAUAGCAGUCAAAUCCUCUUUGGAAAAGUGUAUAACGAUUACAUCUACAUCCUCAUUGAUACAUCUCACUCAAUGAAGAGCAAACUGGACUUGGUGAAGGACAAGAUCAUUCAGUUCAUACAGGAACAGCUGAAAUAUAAAAGUAAAUUCAAUUUUGUGAAGUUUGAUGGUCAAGCAGUUGCUUGGCGAGAAAAACUUGCUGAAGUCAAUGAAGAUAAUUUGGAACAGGCUCAGUCCUGGAUUAGAGACAUUAAGAUUGGAAGUUCCACAAACACCCUGAAUGCCCUGAAAAUUGCUUUUGCUGAUAAAGAAACACAAGUAAUCUACCUUAUGACAGAUGGGAGACCUGAUCAGCCACCUGAAAUGGUUAUAGACCAAGUCAAGGAUUUUCAGAAAAUUCCUAUUUAUACCAUCUCUUUCAAUUACAAUGAUGAGAUUGCAAAUGGAUUUUUGAGAGAGCUUGCUUCUUUGACUGGAGGAGAGUUCCAUUUUUACAAUUUUGGUUACAAAGACCUUGUUCCUCCAGAGGCUGUUCAGAAUGAAGAUCUGACUCUUUUAGUUAAGGAAAUGGAGCAAGGGCAGAGUGACCUGGAGAAGGUGCAAGACCUUUAUUCCAAGUCCUUGAUCAUGGAUUGGUGGUACAACGGGGAAAAGGAAGGUGACAGCAAGCAUCAAAAGGAAAUCUGUUCUAUGGUUUCAACCCAAGAAAAAUGUGCAAAACUUCAAUCCGAUGUUGAAUCAAUGCGAACCUCAUCCCUGAAUAUGUUGAAAGGACCAUGGGGCCUUUCGGAUCAAAAGAUUCAGAAAAAGAAAGUCCUCCAUGCAGAAUCAACCAAAACCAGCCUGCUCAGAAGCCAGAUGUCUACCCUCAAGAGCUUAUCUUGCAGUGAAAGGAAGGAUGGCCUCUCCAAUUACUCAAAAUAUACAGCUGCCAUUUCCCCUUCCACAGAAGUAAGCAUCCUGCUGACAAAUGAGUGCCUGGAUGACAAAUCAUUGACUGGAAAAGGAAGCCAAGUUUAUGACGAUUUUUCAGAUAUAUCUUCAGAAAACUGGCUUAAGACCUAUGGCUUGGUCGCCAAGAAACUGACCAUCAUGGAUGCCUUGUCAGUGACUGCGGUCCCCCACAGCCCGACCUACAUCCCCGUUCUGGACAAGCAUGUUGUUUCUAAGGUCUUCGAUGAGGUGUUCCCUCUGGCACAUGUGUGCAGCGACACAAAUAAGAUGACAUUCAUUAACCCACACGGAGUCAAGCUCAAUAUCUACAAGCAAAAAGUAGAACAGGCAAUUAAGUCCUAUGAAAAACGCUUGAAUAAAAUUGUUUGGCGAGCAUUAUCUCCAGAAGAAAAAGAAAGGUUAGACGCAAACAAGCCAAUGCAGUACUUGGAAAACAAGACAGUUUUAAACCAGGCAUUAGAACGGUUGAAUUGGCCCAUUUCAUUGAAAGAGUUGUUGAUGCUGGAAAAUGAAAUCCUAACUGGGAAAAUGUACAUCCAUCAGGCAAUGGAACUCCAGGAGGCUGCCAAGAAGAAUUAUUUGAACAAGGCACUGGAAGAGCAACAGAAAUUGGAAGGAAACCCAACAAAGAAAAUCAAAUCAAAAAAACCAGAUCCCCUCAAAGGCCAGAAGGUUAUUGCAAGAUGUGAUGAAAAUGGCUUUUAUUUUCCAGGGGUUGUGAAGAAGUGUGUGAGCUCCACUCAAGCACUGGUGGGCUUCAGGUACGGAGACACCAAGGUCGUGUCCACCUCAUUCAUCAUGCCUGUGGGGGGCGCCAUGCCCUGCCCGCUGCUCCAGGUUGGAGAUUACGUGUUUGCCAAAAUUGUGAUACCCAAAGGAUUUGACUUCUAUGUCCCUGCCAUUGUCAUAGCACUUCCGAAUCACAAUGUGGCCGAAGAAAAACUCUACACAGUUUUGAAGUGUAACAACCGGAGAGAAUUUUGCCUUCGGAGUGCACUUAUUAAGAUCAGCCAAAACAAGUAUGCUCUCUCUUGCUCUCAUAUAAAGUCACCCCCAAUUCAAGAGGAUCCAAAUGUAGAGAAUGAGACGAUGAAGAACUCUACUCUCCUGCCCUGGCCACUGAAGGAAGUUGACACUGGGGAUUCAGGAGAACAGAGACAGGAGAACCCCAGAAGGAAGAAAAAGAGACCUGCCAAGAAGCCGCCUCUCCAGGAGAUGGUGUCCUCAGACUCAGACAGCUCGUCCCAUGGCACCAGGUCCCACAAGUCCUACCCCAAGACACACCCCAAGCCCAAGGGGGAGGCGGCAUCGUUUCCUUGGCUGGGGACCUGGGCCUCAGCCCACCAUGCCAUCGCUGCUGCACCUCCUCCUCAAGCAGCCUCUCCCUGUCCUCAUCAAGCCACUCAUGGCAGCAAAGGGCUGAGGACCGUCGCUGAGAAGCCUUAG